AAUUCCGUGGCACUGCUGUCUGCCUGGCUCCUUCACCUGGCAGUGCUGCCGCGAUGGACAACCCUGGGGAGUCACCCUCGGACAAAGGCGGAGAGCCAGGGGAGUCGGAGGAAAUGAGGGCUACUCCUGGAGUCCCGGCUGCCGCCGACACUGAAGGAAUCCCGGAGGAAAUGGACGGAGAUGGAGACGCGGACUUGAAAGAAGCGGCGGCGGAGGAAAGCGAGCUCAAGAGUCAGGAUGCCUCAGAUUUAACAGCAGUUGAGAGGGAAGACCCGUCACUACUCACCCCUGCAGCCAAAAAGCUGAAACUGGACAUCAAAGAAAAGAGAGAGAGGAAGCAGAAAGUGGAUGAAGAUGAGAUCCAGAAGAUGCAAAUCCUGGUCUCUUCUUUUUCUGAGGAGCAGCUGAACCGUUAUGAAAUGUAUCGCCGGUCAGCUUUCCCUAAGGCAGCCAUUAAAAGGCUGAUCCAGUCCAUCACUGGUACCUCUGUGUCCCAAAAUGUUGUGAUUGCCAUGUCUGGUAUUUCCAAAGUUUUUGUGGGGGAGGUAGUAGAAGAAGCCCUGGAUGUGUGUGAGAAGUGGGGAGAAAUGCCACCACUGCAGCCCAAGCAUAUGCGGGAGGCUGUUCGGAGGUUGAAGUCCAAGGGGCAAAUCCCCAACUCUAAGCACAAGAAGAUCAUCUUCUUCUAGAGCUAACCUAGGAAUGGUCCAGACUUCUCUCAGUUGGGCUUCCACACUGGUGCUUUGUGGUCAUGCUCCAAGGACCUGUGACAAUGAUUUAAUAUCUGUCACACCUACAAGGCACACCAGGAAGAAAAACAAAGACAACUCGGGUGCUUCACUUUGAAGCCUAAAGUUGCUAAGACACAAGUUGUUUCUUGCCUCUGGUUUUCAAAAACUUGACUUGGGAUCAUCUGCCAUGAAGACACUCACGGGAGUCAAAGACUUCUUGCUGUUUAACAUUUCAGAUUCUCCUGUGGAUUGUGUGAGUUAUCAGUAAACUCUUCCAACCGGUGGAAGAGUUUAUUUUGUUUAAGGUAAAAUGCAUCAUUCUCCUGGUCUAAAUAAAAUUAACUAGUUUUGGUGUUUUCAUUUUGGUUUUUGGAGACAGGGUUUCACCACAUAGCCCUAACUGAUGUAGAACUCACCAUGUAAACCAGGCUGGCCUUGAACUCACAAGAGAUCCACCUGCCUCUAUCUCCCCAGUGCUGAGAUUAAAGGAACCAAC